UGGGAAGUAGGUAACAUCCACACAUCGAUUUGGAAGCCCUGCGUGUUCGAAAAAUUGCUCCGUUUAACUAAAGUAUGUAUAUGUACACAACUAUAAAUAUAAACGAGUAACAACAGUAAUAAACACAACAAUAUUAUCACCGACAGUAAUAAACAAAAACGGCAAAAUCAAAUAAUGUUUAGCAUUGAAUAUCAGUAGCAAAAAAACAAAAUAAAAUAAAGUUUAAAAAAUAAUAAAAAAUAAGAGAUAGUAACUAAACGGAGUUUGAAUAAAUAAACGCGAGUGUAAUGUGUGUGAUGGACUUUAGUCCAGUGGUGAUUAAUGUUUUAUUUCCAGUGAUAUAAUAUCUGAUAAAAUCGAUUAUCAGGAUGUAUACGGUCAUGGUGAUUUAUAACAAUAAUAAUAAAAACUAACAAACUAACAAAAAACCGUGUAGAGGUUUCUUCUACCCGGACGUAAAUUUAGCUGGUGGCUGUUGGUUAUGCGGCGGUUCUGCUCGCCGUCAGCCCCUGUUCAACCCUUUAACUCGCUUCUUGUUCUUGAAGCUACUGGUUAUAAUACUAUUGGAAUAAAACCGAAUAAAACCGAAAGUGAGUACAACAAGACCCCGACCGAAAACAAGACGAGCAUCUUUUUACCACCGGGUUCACUGCAUUGCGAUUGACGGCGUGACAGGUUGUUUGGAAAGAAAACCAUCGCUGGAACGGAGGAUCGUCGUCGCGGAUAAUAAUAAAUAAUAAAAGAUAAUACAACAAUAACAAUAGAAGCUAAAAAAGAGUAAAAACGCAAUUACCGUAGCCUUGAUAAAGAAGAGAGAGUUUCAAUUGUGUCUGUGGUCCUUUCGCGACUCGCCUUUUUUAUUCUCCACGUUUUGAUCUUUGUUUCAUUGUUUCCUUCCGGCUCUCCUCUCUCUCUUUCUCUCUCUCGGUUAUUUUUCUCGAUUUUUACUUCAACUUUAACCCCCUCUCCCUGCCGCGUGGUGCCGCUGUAUACUAAACUCUUCACCGUUUCUUCUCUAUCCAUCCUCAAGUUGUGAGUAUCAUCGAGCAGCAACCCUUGCGCAAAACCCUCGCGUCGGCCCUCUGGCGGGCUUAUCAGUAACUUUAUCGGGGGUUGUCGUCGUAGCGGAUUGCCGUCAGCCUUAUAGCCGUCUCACUUGCGGCCGCGGCCGUUGUCCGCCGCAGACUCACGAAUACCGAGUCAGUGGCUCUUUUGAAGUUAAAAUAAAUUUUCAAAUUUUUAUUGUGAUUAUUUAUUGCCAUUUAAUUAAUUAUUUCUGGAAAAUUAAUUAAUAAUUAAUAAAUAAAUAAAUCAGUGAAGUGAAAAAUAAUUUGAAAAAAAAAUUUUUUAGCCGUACGGAUAAUUUGUGCAGUGAAGUGGAUUGAGAAAAAAAGUGAAAAAAAUAUUUAAAAAUUGUAUAAAAAAAUAAAAAUAAAUAAAAGGUGAUGAGUAUGACCGCGCGCCGGACGUACGUUGCUACGAGCGACCUCUCGUACGUCGGUUCGGACGCGCUCGUUGAGUGAGAAGACCGGAAUCCACGCGCGCAUCGUCACCCAGAAGCACGCGUGACUCUACGUUGUCCACGCGCAGGCGCGUUCAACGUUUCCUCGUCCCACUAGCACCCACCACCCACUACCCACCACCCGCCACCCGCCACCCGCUGACUAAUCCACCCUCGCUUUCCCCUAUUUAUCCCGCACACGUUUCCUUCCGUUUGUUUCUUUUCUUUGAAUUACCCUCCUCCCUCCUCCCGACUCUCUUUUCCUCUCUGGCGAGCCCCUCGUUUGCGUACCGCGGUAUCCAGAGAGGCACGCGAGUGCGUGGGACGCAUCUACUUCUAUCGUCCCUACCCUGAUUCGCGUCCGCCGGGCACGUGACUACUGGUCGCCAUGCGGCCGCCCGUUGUGCAGCUUUUUCUCUCAUGUUGGGCCGUUACCAUGCUCGGCUUUGCCAUUGCCGCCUGGCAGGAAAAUAUCAGGCCGAAGAUGUAUGUCCAGCUUGGUGCUGAAGAUGUAUUCAGGUUUACUGGAAAUGAAACGCACACGGACUUUUUCCGGCUGGUGCUGAGAGAUGGAAACUACCUUCUUGUUGGCGGACGAAACCUGGUGCAUAAUUUGAGUUUGACGGACUUGACGGAGCAGCAAAGGCUGACGUGGUACUCCUCGGAUACAGACGUUAAAAUGUGCGUUGUAAAGGGAAAAGACGAGGAGAAUUGCCAGAAUUAUGUGAGGAUAUUGGCAAAAACAAGUACGUCGAAUCUUUUAGUGUGUGCGACAAACGCAUUUAAGCCGAUGUGCCGUGACUACAUUGUACACAGCGGAAAUUAUACGAUGGCAAGUGAAAAGGCGGGUCAAGCAUUGUGUCCAUACGACCCCCAGCAAAACAGCACAUUUGUGCACGUCGACGGUGAAUUGUACACGGGCACUGUCGCUGACUUCUCGGGGAUGGACCCCAUUAUUUAUAGAGAGCCGCUUCAAACUGAACAGUACGACUCAAUGAGUUUAAAUGCUCCAAAUUUCGUCAACUCAAUGACACUGGGUGACUUUGUUUAUUUUUUCUUCCGAGAAACCGCUGUUGAGUACAUUAACUGCGGCAAGGCCGUCUACUCUCGGGUUGCGAGAGUCUGUAAAUAUGACCGUGGAGGUCCGCAUCGUUUUCGGAAUAGAUGGACGUCGUUUCUCAAGUCUCGCUUGAAUUGUUCCGUUACGGGAGAUUUUCCAUUUUACUUCAAUGAAAUACAAUCAACAACUGAUCUAAUAUCCGGUCAGUACGGGAGCGUGUCGGCCCAGCUUAUCUACGGGGCAUUCACUACGCCAGUAAACAGUAUAAGUGGUUCCGCGGUCUGUGCAUUUUCACUGCAAGACAUCUCAGACACGUUUGAGGGUAAUUUCAAAGAACAGACGGCGAUAAAUGCCAAUUGGCUGCCGGUAGCCAGUGCCAAAGUUCCGGAUCCAAGGCCCGGGCAGUGUGUCAAUGACUCCCGGACGCUGCCAGAUCUUACAUUGAACUUUAUUAAAACUCAUUCCCUGAUGGAUGAAUCUGUGCCAAGUUUCUUUGGCCAGCCUAUUGUUAUUCGUACUAGCUUUCAUUACAGAUUCACGCAAAUAGCAGUGGACCCACAAGUGAAAACCCCCGGAGGAAAGACCUACGACGUGUUGUUCAUCGGAACAGACAACGGGAAGGUGAUAAAAGCGAUAAACGCGGAUUCCGCGGACUCCCACGAGCGAGUAAGUCCAGUGGUGAUAGAAGAAAUUCAGGCAUUCCCGACUUCGGUGCCAGUUCGCGGGAUAAAAGUGGUGCGAGCGUCGCAGGCCGGGGAUGGUCUGGAGGAUGGACGUCUGGUGGUCGUAGCCGACAGCCAGGUGCAAGCCCUUAGACUGCACAGGUGCUACAGCGACAGAAUUCUCUCCUGCGGGGAGUGCGUCGCCCUGCAAGACCCUUACUGCGCCUGGGACAAAGAGGAGGCCAAAUGUCGGGCUCUGGUAGGUCCAGCAGCCACUGACGCCGCGAGAUUCCUCCAGAGCGUCGCUACAGGCAUUCACGCUUCCUGCCCGCCCAGUAAAUCACUGAACAAAGACGCUGGAAGCGUCGGGGCGAUCUCCGCAAAUCAAAAUAAAUUCCCCCAGGACUCGCUGCCCAACAAAGACGGACAGGAGGGCGAAAUAAUUAAUAUUAUGCAAGAUGAGGAGCCUAAUAACUCUGGACCCGAAGUUUCUGCGGCAGACUCACCAGUGCCUCAAUAUUCAGUGGAAACUCUGGUGAUGGCAGUUGUUGCCGGUGCGCUGGCGGCGUUAUUCGUCGGUUUUAUAGCCGGGUAUUUGUGUGGUCGAAAAUGCCGGAAGGAUGAGGAUGACAAUUUACCCUAUCCCGACACCGAGUACGAGUACUUUGAGCAACGUCAGAAUGUUAAUAGUAGAUUAGCGCCAGAACCAAAAUUACUACCCCAAGAAGAAGUGACGUAUGCAGAGCCGGUGCUGAUGCCUCAGCCCCCAAAAAUGCACUCUCCAAAGGGCACCAUGCGAAAGCCGCCACCGACUCCAGCAGAAACCUUGUUCCAGUUCCCGGAGGCGUACGGGUUCCGCGGCGGACCUCGGGACAACUUUGGAACUCUGAGAUCGUGUCAAGGUACGGACGCGUACCGCCGCAACGACGGUUUCGCCACGACCCGGAGUGUGAAGAAAGUUUAUCUCUGAGAAACGAGUGAGGAGGGAGGCGGCCGUCACCGUAGUUUAGGACGGCCAGGAAGAAAUCGUCACAACGCAACUUCUGGAAGAAAUCGCGGCGUGACCUCCGGUGGCGGACAAUCCAGUCGCGGGGAGCUGGCCGGAGCGAGGACCCUUGAGUCGCCCUCGCCCCCUUCCAGCGUGUCCUCCAGUUCGCCAUCGCCUCCCUCCUCUACCCCAUCACCACCACCCACGUUACUACCGAUGUCUAUAAACGACGGGUCUCCACCACCGCCGACACCGCCCUGCAGUUUUAUAUACCGAUCAUAGUCUUCAAGUAACGGUACUCAUAUUUACGAUCCUCCCCACCAAAUUCGUAAUAUUUAAUUAAUUAAUAAAAUAAUUUAAUUAAUUAAUUAAAUAGUUAUUAUCGUUACUAAUAUCGAUGUUUCUUUUUUUUUGCUAGUAUGUACGCUGUUAAAAUUUCUGGUGUGGUUCAAGGUGUUUUGUUUUCUUUUUUUAAACAAGGUAAAUUUUCUAAUUUUGGGUCAAAAAAAUUUUUUGAGGUGCAGAAAAUUAGA